UUUACGUGACGUAGUUGUAAACACGCAUGGCGGAAUCGGUUGAUACUGUUUAUCAAGGAUUAAGAUCAAAUUUAUCUCUUUGGAUGAUGCAAAAUUAAAUAAGAAUUAUUCGGAAACGUUUACGAACGCUCGUUAAAUAUUGUUUGAAACAUACAACAAGUUGUGUGAAACAUGCCUGUUCCCGUGGGGGCGUAUCAGACUGGCGGUCCUACCUGUUGGGACAAAAUGAAGAUGGGUUUUAUGAUUGGAUUCUGUGUGGGGAUGGCAUCUGGGGCUUUGUUUGGAGGCUUUUCUGCUCUCAGGUACGGCCUGAGGGGAAGGGACCUGGUCACCAACGUGGGGAAGACCAUGGUCCAAGGUGGGGGCACCUUCGGCACCUUCAUGGCUAUCGGGACUGGCAUACGGUGCUAGCAACACCUGCUGCUGCUCCUUAGUGUAGCCACAUGUUUUGAAGGAAACACUCUCCAAGACUGAUGUGAACAUCUCUAGGCAAACAUAUUGUUAGUGUAGUUACAAAGUUACGCUGCUUAACUGUAUGAAAGCAUUAAAUUGAUGUUUUUUUUUUAAAUAUAUAAUUUCAGAUGCAGAAAUUUUUGUACAUACAAAUAUUUUUUUUUGUUUGAAGUGAAACAAUAGAGUAUAAAAUAAAUAAAUUGGUUUGUAGACUCUAUUAUCAUAGAAAUAAAUUAUAUGUUUCAAUGGCUA